UAUACGUCACAUACCUAUAAGAAAUUUAAUGUAUUUUUAAAAAUGAAGAAGAGUGAACCAGUACUUCAAAUUCCUAUAUAUCCCCUUGAUCAACAGUUUACCAGCUUUGCUAAAUACAACGAUUCUAAAAGCGAUGGAAAAAGGAUUACCAUUCAACAACUGGACCUAUGGUUUCUACAAGCAGAAAUUAUAGAUUAUAAACGAGUGACUCAUACUGAUACAGGUGUAUAUUUCAACAGAUUCAAGCAACUUUCAAUUGAUUACAAGACAUUCCUAAUCUUUCUUCAGAUGUUUUGCCAAGAGAAAGAUUUGGACUAUGAAGAAAUCAAAGACAAGUUGAAGGGAUGUGGCUUACCUGGAUUUGAUAAAGCAAAAGCAAUGCAACAAGUACAAGAGAAUCAGCAGGAGAAUAAUUAACGAAAUGCAAUUUCUUCCAUACUCACUCCGCAACUUAUAUGUCGUGAAAGCAUGUAGAUGU